UUUGUGUAUUCACCUGACAAAACUGUUAGUUUAUCGUUUUGUUGUUUUUGUUUGUGUAUUCAUUCUUUAUUAAAAGUAUUAUGGAUAUGUACUAUGCUGCACUUUGGUCCUCUUCUCCUUCCACCAACGACAACCGUUACAGAACUACCCACCACCAAAGGACCUAAGCAGCAUGGUAAGGAGGAGCAGCGCUAUAAGGAGGAAUAGACAUGGGAGGAGAUCCUGGCUGGAAGGGAUUGCCUCCCAUGGGAACAGGUGGAGGCAGCCAGGAGAGCGGAGGCAGCAGGUAAAGGGAGCCAGCAAUUUGAGGGAACACGGCUGGCAAGGAAGCCCGAGAGGCAGCCCCAAAAAUUUCUCGGGGGGGCACACGGAGAGAUUGGCAAAGUCAGGUAGGAGACCUGAGCCAACUCCUCAUGCUUACCGUGGAGAGAGAGUGACUGGGCAGGCAACGUGUUAUGCAGUGAGGCGCACGGUGUCCCCAGUGCGCACGUAUAGCCCGGUGCGCUACAUCGCAGCUCCUCGUAUCGGCGGUCUAGAGUGAGCAUCGAGCCAGGAGUAAUGAAGCCGGCUCAGCGCAUCAGGUCUCCAGUGCGUCUCUUCGGCCCGGGUAAUAUGGCACCAGCCCUACACACGCUGUCGCCGGUUCACCAGCACAGCUCAGUGCGGUCUGUUCCACCCCGCCGUACUUGCCAGGCUACAGGGAGCAUCCAGCCAGGGCGGGUUGUGCAGGCUCGGUACUCGAGACCUCCAAGUGUGCCUCCACGGCCCUGUGUAUCCGGUGCCUCCUCCACGCACCAGGCUUCAUGUGGCAGCCCCACGCACCAGGCUGUCUCUCAGUCUCCUCCCUCCAGGUUCUCGCUCAUGUCCGGCGCCUCCAGAGUCUCCCUCCUGUCCGGUGCCUCCAGAGUCUCCCUCCUGUCCGGUGCUCCAGAGUCUCCCUCCUGUCCGGCGCCUCCAGAGUCUCCCUCCUGUCUGGUGCCGCCAGAGCCGCCCGUCAGUCAGGAGCCGCCAGAGCCGCCCGUCAGUCAGGAGCCGCCAGAUCCGCCCGUCAGUCAGGAGCCGCCAGAGCCACCCAUCAGUCAGGUGCCGCCGGAGCCGCCCUUCACUCCGUCGCCGCCGGAGUCACCCUUUACGCCGGCGCUGCCGGAAGCUCCCGCCUGUCCGGCGCUGCCGGAAUCUCCCGUCUAUUCGGAGCCCGCUGCAAGGGUCCCCAGUCCGAGGUCGGCGGCGAGGGUCACUGCUCCAAAGGCACCACUUAAGUGGGCCAAGACUAUGGUGGAGUGGGGUCCACGUCCCGUGCCGGAGCCGCCACUGCAGACAGAUGCCCACCCAGACCCUCCCCUAUGGGGUUAGGUUUUGUGGCCGGAGUCCGCACCUUUGGGGGGUGGGUACUGUCACGGCCUGACCUUAGUUCCUUUUUUAUGUCUCUGUUUUAGGUUGGUCAGGGCGUGAGUUGGGGUGGGCAUUCUAUGUUUUUGUUCUAUGUUUUGUAUUUCUGCUUUUGGCCUGGUAUGGUUCCCAAUCAGAGGCAGCUGUCAAUCGUUGUCUCUGAUUGAGAACCAUACAUAGGUAGCCUGUGUUCCCACUAUGAUUUGUGGAUAGUUUUAUUCUGUUUUGUGUAUUCACGUGACAGAACUGUUUUGUUUCUUCCAUUCACUUUGUUAUUUUGUUUUGUGUGUUCAGUCUAAUAAAUUAACAUGGACACUUACCACGAUGCAUAUUGGUCCGAUCCUUCCUACUUCUCCUCAGACGACGAUGAGAUUCGCUACACUGUUAAAAAAUAUUUGAUCAAUUCUGAGAAUUUAAAAUUCUGCGAACAUCUAUGAUGAUAAACUACAGUCUAUAAUUAAAAUAUCUAAUAUUUCUCUCUAUCAAACCAAAUACAAGUGUGGAACAUCAGUGGUUGGUGAUAAGAUUACUUGUAUCUGUGGUCAUUGUCCACAGAUAUGGUUGUCAUUAUGUCCCGCCCAUAAUCACAAAUUACUUUCAUUUCUCUUAUUUUAAGAUUCAUUCCUUCAUUCAUGGUCUGGCAGUAUAGAUCUAAACACAGAAUGGAACGCAUAUAUGUACCAGCUCUCGUCCUCUACGGAUUCUAUCUGAACCAUGUUGUGUGUGUCUCUCCACCACCCUUAAUGGUGGUACAUUCAGGAGAACAUGUCACCAUGCAGUGCAUCAAUGUCC